AAGUCGUUCGUUUUAUGCCGUUGCAAAGCGAGCCCAUACAUCAUAACCAUCGGAGUUGAAGCGCCGAUGAGACUUUGCGAGUUGAAUUUUGGUAUUUGAUAAGUAGCUAGGUUGCUCGCCAAAUUGACUGAUAGAAAUUGUUUACCUAAACUAUAGUAACAUUGUAAGAUACCCCCCUCUUGCUGCUGCAGCUCCAACGUACAUACUUCGCCAUCCAUCGAUUUCCUAGACCACAAUCGACACCGGCGAUAUUUGUUUUCUUUCUCUUCAUAUAGCCAACACCAAUGGCAUCUGCACCAAGAGGCUAUGGCCUUGCAAGGGCAAUGCAGAGCUCGGCUCUAUCGUCGAGGGUUUGUUCCAGAUGUCUACCAACUCUUCGAUCCCCGAAGAAUCUAAGGGCCUUGAGUACGACAAGCGCUAGGACGACUUCGUUGGCUACUUUCAAGAUACCAAAGAUCGCAAAUGAGCCUAACCAUGUAUACGCAAAGGGCUCCGCACAAAGAGCAGGACUCCUUGCUACAAUUGAGACUCAACGGAAGAAGGGCACGAUAGACAUUCCUCUUGUAAUAGGGGGCAAAGAGGUCAAAACAUCACAAAAGCUUACACAGCAUAAUCCUGCCGACCACACUGCUCCGAUAGCGAAAUAUUCCGUAGCCAGUCCCUCCGACGUCAACAAAGCCAUCGAGGCAGCUCUAGCCGCCAAGCCGGCAUGGGAAUCGCUCCCCUUCGCCGACAGGGCUGCCGUUUUCCUCAAGGCAGCUGAUCUCAUAUCCACUAAGUACCGAUACGAGAUCAUGGCCACUACCAUUCUCGGCCAGGGCAAGAACGCUUGGCAGGCCGAGAUCGACGCCGCAGCGGAGCUAUGCGACUUCUUGCGCUUCAAUGUUCAGUAUGCCGAGGAAUUGUACGCACAGCAGCCCGCCCACAACUCGCCUGGUCUGUGGAACCGUACCGAAUACCGUCCGCUAGAAGGCUUCGUCUACGCCGUCAGCCCCUUCAACUUCACUGCUAUCGGCGGCAAUCUAGCUGCGACUCCCGCGCUUCUGGGCAACGUGGUGGUCUGGAAGCCUUCCGACUCCGCGGUUGCAGCGGGCUAUCUUCUCCACAAGAUCCUUCUCGAGGCGGGUCUCCCCGAGAACGUGAUCCAGUUCGUACCCGGAAACCCCGAGGAAGUGACCAAGGCAGUCCUCGCGCAUAAGCAGUUUGCCGCGCUGCACUACACCGGCAGUACCGCCGUGUUCCGCAAGCUGUACGGCCAGAUCGGCCAGGGCAUCGCCGAGUCCCGGUACCUGGGGUACCCGCGCAUCGUGGGCGAGACGGGCGGCAAGAACUUCCACCUCGUGCACCGGUCGGCCGACGUCCAAAACGCUGUCGUGCAUACCGUCCGCGGCGCCUUCGAGUACUCGGGCCAGAAGUGCAGCGCCACGAGCCGCCUGUACGUCGCCAAGUCCAUCUGGCCCGAGUUCAAGGAGAAGCUGGUCAAGGAGACCAACGCCCUCAAGGUCGGCAACCCCUGGGACCCCGAGACCUUCAUCGGACCCGUCAUCCACGAGCCUAGCUUCAAGAAGCUCAGCGGCGUCAUCGACGCCGCGAAGAACGACCCCGAGCUGGAACUCCUCGCGGGAGGCAAGUACGACGGCUCGAAAGGGUACUUCAUCCACCCGACCGUCUACCGGACGACCAACCCGGCGCACAAGCUGCUGUCGACGGAGCUGUUCGGGCCGGUGCUCACGACGUACGUGUACGACGACACGACGGGCGACCCGGAGAAGGCGUUCGCGGAGGCGUGCGAGCUCGUGGACCGGACGAGCGAGUACGGGCUGACGGGGUCGGUGUUCGCGUCGGACAGGCACGCGAUCCGCGCGGCGGAGGACGCGCUGCGCAACGCCGCGGGCAACUUCUACGUCAACUGCAAGAGCACGGGGGCGGUGGUAGGGCAGCAGCCGUUCGGCGGCGCGAGGGCGAGCGGGACGAACGACAAGGCGGGGAGCAUCAACAUCAUCAGCAGGUUCGUGAGCUUGCGGAGCAUCAAGGAGGAGUUCUUGCCUAGUACCGAGGUGGAGUAUCCUAGCAAUGAGGUUUGAAUAUAUAUAUAAAGAAUUGCUAGGGGGGCUGUUAGAGGGCUAUAUCGGGAGAUGG